AUGAAGAGUUUUCUGCUCCUGUGCUUGGUGGCGUUUGCGGUCGCUGAUGUUAAACAUCUGACAAAUCGUGAUCUGGAUCUGUUCAAAUACAAUCCCAGCGAUGUCUACACACUGCCCGAGGACAUUGAUGAUGACAAGCCGGCAGUUAUCUACAACGGUGACGUCAUGAAGGCCAAGACCGAAAAGCUUCAGAACUUGAAUUCGGGCAAGAAGUUCAAAUUGGAAUUAAAGACCCAGAACGGCAUUGAAGUGUCCAGCGUGGGCAAAUUGAAGGAUGACAAGACAUUUGUGGUCAGCGGCUCCUACUCCUUCACUGGUGCCGAUGGCAAGCGCUACAAGACCCGCUACACGGCCGAUGAGUUCGGCUAUCAUCCCAUCACCGAGCUCGACUUGGACAUUCCCGAACCCCAGCCCUUGGCCGCCGCUGGUGCCGGUUCUGGCAGCAAACUGACCUCAAUUGACUCAAACACUUUGCUGGGCGGACUAAAGAAUCGCUUCCAGUUCCUCAACCAGAACCUCGACAAUCAGCAGGCAGGACCCCUGCGCGGCAGCGGCCAGAGCGGCGAUGAUUACAGCUAUCAGCCGAACAGCCCCUAUGGAGUAAAUCCUUACGGUCCUGGCAGCAGCGGCAGCAGCAAUGGCAUUGGCAACGGUAAUGGCAAUGGCAAUGGCUACGGCGAUGGCAAUGGCAAUGGUUACGACUAUAAGGCGCCAACCGUCCAAUUCGACACACCAUCGCGCCAGUACCUGCCAGUGGCAUAA